AUGACGCGUCUCGCGGCCGGCCCAACAUUGCAAACUCUUGGCAACGUUAUUGUUGUCAACUGCCAGUUGUUACCGAACUCUACAUACCGCUUGAGCACACCUGGUUAUGCGACAUUGGUGUCUCUCGAAGUUGCGCGAAGUUAUCGGAAGGUUAGAAGUUUCAUAGAGAUGUGGACCGCACACUGCCAAAAUUUAGUAUUCAUUGCCUUUGUGUUCUUACCCUCCGUCGUGAGAGGCAUCCCAGAUUAUUCUGGAUUGCCACCGGGACCGUAUUGUGCCUCGAGGUAUCCUGAAGGCAGUUGCUGCCCAGGACGACAGGAUGAAUGCAGCGCGCCGAUCCUCAAGACGUUGUGCUACUGCGACGAUUUUUGCAAUCGAACUCGCGAAGAAGACUGCUGUCCAGAUUACUGGUACCAUUGCAGAGGACUGCCGACCACCACAUCGGCACCCGAGGAGCUAAGGAUAUGCUUUUUCCAAGGAAAAGAAUACUAUCACGGGCAAACGUUGAAAGUCAAUUGUAACACAUGUAAAUGCUCCUCGCUUGGCAAGCGCGCCGAAGUGCUCUGCGAGGAGAAUCGCUGUUUGAUCGAGCCGGAGUUGAUGGAGGAGCUCAAUUUGCAAGGACCAACUCUAGGUUGGCAAGCGAGCAAUUAUUCCGAAUUCUGGGGAAGGACACUUCGGGAAGGUGUGGAGCUUCGUCUGGGCACUCUCAAUCCCUCACAAUCCGUGUACAAAAUGAACCCGGUGCGACGCAUUUACGAUCCCGAUGCACUGCCGCGGGAGUUUGACUCCAGGACGCGCUGGUCACGCGACAUAUCCAGCGUUCAUGAUCAAGGAUGGUGCGGCGCGUCCUGGGCCAUAUCUACGGCCGACGUUGCGACCGAUAGGUUCUCGAUCAUGAGCAAAGGUGCCGAGGACGUAGAGCUGAGUGCCCAGCAUCUGCUCUCUUGCAACAACAGAGGACAACAAGGCUGCAGAGGCGGUUAUCUUGACCGCGCUUGGCUCUUCAUGAGAAAAUUCGGCCUGGCAGAUAAAGACUGUUAUCCUUGGACCGGUAAGACCGAUCAAUGCAAACUACGUAAGAGAAGCAACCUGCAGGCCGCUGGUUGUCGAAAACCACCAAACCCGCUGAGAACAGAAUUGUACAAAGUCGGGCCGGCUUAUCGCUUGGGCAAUGAAACUGACAUUAUGCAAGAGAUUCUGACCUCUGGACCAGUGCAAGCUACUAUGAGAGUCUAUCAAGACUUCUUCGUUUACAAAAACGGAGUAUAUAGGCACUCUCAAAGUGCGAAAUUACACGAUUCCGGUUAUCACUCGGUGAGAAUAAUCGGUUGGGGCGAGGAAAGGUCUUAUCGCGGUCCACCGCUCAAAUAUUGGCUGGUCGUAAACUCCUGGGGAUACAACUGGGGAGAAAACGGGCUCUUUAAGAUUCAAAAGGGAACGAACGAAUGCGAGAUCGAGUCGUAUGUGUUGGCAGUAUGGGCCAAGACGAUAUAAAAAGAAAAAAGGAAACGAGGAAAAUACCAAAGUACUAGAAUAUCCGAUUGUCAUAACACUGUUGGUGCAUUUAUUGAAUCUCCGUCGUCGGUCCGUCGUCAUGCGCAAUGAUGCGAUUGCCAUCGGGGACAAUGAACGAUACAUCGAUGUUCGAAAGUAUGUGAUCCAAUUGCCUGAUCCAUACAUGCCUUAUUAUUACACGUAGGAUCGGGAGGGAAGGAAGCAGAAACGAGAAGGAGACAGAGUUGUUUAUAAAUAUUUAAUAAUUAUAAGUAUAUGGAUAGUCGAAAAAAAUAUCAUUAUUAUUUUCUCAUUAUUCGUAGACAACAAUAAUCGUUUUACAUAGAAACGCUCUCACCGUUACGCGUCGAUGAUCGAUAUGCUGUAGCAAAAGUCAUAUCUCUUUCACGUAAUAUCAUCCACGUGUCGCGGCGACUUCGAUGUGUAAGAAGUACUAAGUGCCAAGCGCUUGAAAUAAAUUUUAUAAGUACGUAAUAGUCUCUUUUUCACUUCAUUAAACGAUACGAUUAUACUUCUACUCGCGGAGUUAAACACUUUGCGUUUAAUUGCGUUUUUUUUAUAUUUAAUCUGCAGUUAAACCUCUUUGUGUUCUAUUUUUAAAAUUAGACAUUAUGUGUGAGGAAUACUCAUCACAGAAAAACAGAUUUGUUAAAACAACUUCACUGAUACAGCAAAUCUUCAGUCGUAGUAUAUAAACAGUCAGUUUUGUACGUUAAAGUGGCAAAGUUGUAUGAAUAAAAUAGCGAUUAUAGAUAAUCACAUUUGUUGUAAUAGCACUGUUUAAUACAGCAAAGAUGACUUUCUAUGAAAAUCAACCCAAUACAUAGAUUAAAAUUAUUAAUAAAACAACUAAGAUGACAUGUUCUUCUGUCGCUGUAAUGAAAAAACUUCUUCUAUUACCCAUACACAGAAUUUACAGCAAUAUCGCUGCAAAAUCUCUGCACUAUUGCUUCAAGUUAUAGCUUUGCUGAAUUACUUGAUCUACUUUUUCCGUGAUGAUGUUCCCAUAAGGUAAAUGGCAGUGUAAUAGUGUAUUAGGAUGUGAUACCACUAAUUAUGUUCUUAACAGUUAAUCGAGCUUUUUGUACAUAUACUUGUGCAAGAUGGACAAUAUAUAUAUAAUUUCUUUCAAUUCUUUCAUUCUGUAAUUAACUAAAAUAAAUUUGUAUCAAACAUAUACGGCAUAUAACACGCAGUAUUAGGCACUCGAGGGACGAUUGUGCACGUUUUGCAUCACUAAUUAAGAGGAACUCUCUUA